CCCGGGGGUGAGGGGGGGUCGCAGGUGAGGGGGGGUCCCGCCAUGGGCUGCAACAUGUGCGUGGUGCAGAAACCGGAGGAGCAGCACCGGGUGAUGCUGCAGGUGAGCGGGAAGGAGGGGUCGCGCCGGGGGGGGCCCCGGGGGGGCUCCAAGGAGCCGCUGGUGCUGCAGGUGCUGAGGAGGAGCCCCCGGGGGGGCCCCCCCGAAACGCCCCCAGCCCCAAUUUGGGGAGGGGGGGGAGGGGGCCCGGGACCCCCGCCCGCUCUGGGGGGGGCGCUGGUGGACAGCGGCACCCAGACGGACAUCAGCUUCGAGAGCCGCCUGGGGGGCAGCGAGCCGCCCCCCCUCCCCCAGGAUUAUUUCGACCCCGCGGAUUUGGGGGAGCCCGAGCGCCCCGAGGAGCUGGAGUAUGAGGAGGUGGAGCUGUACAAAACCAGUCACAAACUGGGAAUCACCGUCUGCUACCGCACCGACGGCGAGGAGGACCCCGGGAUCUACGUGGGGGAGGUGAACCCGAACAGCAUCGCGGCCAAGGACGGGCGGAUCCGGGAGGGGGACAGGAUCGUGCAGAUCAAUGGGGUGGAGAUCCAGGACCGGGAGGAGGCCGUGGCCUUCCUGACCCGCGAGCAGCAAACCAACAUCUCCCUGCUGCUGGCCCGGCCCGAGAGCCAGCGCUGGAAGGACAGUGACCGCGAGGAUUUCCUGGAUGAGUUCGGCUCUGAUGAGGAGGGGGAGCUCAGGGGGGCCUGGACCCCCCCCGGGCAGCCCCCCAGCCCGGCCACUCCCGUCGGCGGCCGCGGGGCCGAGCCCGACAGCGGCGUGGGGCGCACGGACGAGUCCACGCGCAACGAGGAGAGCUCGGAGCACGAUCUGCUGGGCGAGGAGGGGGGCGAGGGACCCCCGGCCCCUCCCCGGCCGCCCCCUCCCCGCCGCGACCCCCAAAUCCCCCCCAAUUCCCCCCAAAAUCCCCCCCAGAGCCAGCCCCGGCUGCACGCAAAGCCCGGCGCUGGAGGCGCGGCCGCGCGGACCGGAUCCAACUCCGGCUCCGGUUCUGGCUGCGGGUCGGCGGGAAGAGCCGGGAGCGGAGCGGGCGGGCGGCGCGGAGCGGGGCUGGAAGCGGGGUUAGGACCGGCUUUAGGGCCGGCUUUAGGGCUGGGUUUAGGAUCGGGAUUAGGGUUAGGAGCGGGCUCGCCGCCGCUGAGCCCCGCGGAGCUGCGGCGGUACCGGGCGCUGCGCGGGGCGGGCGCGGCGGGGCCGGGGCGGGCGGAGCUGGCGCGGCUGGAGGAGGAGCUGCGGCACCUGGAGUUCAAGUGCCGGCACCUGCUGCGGGCACAGCAGCUCGAGCGGCUCCGCGAGCGAGGCCGCCGCGCCUGGCGCGACCCCCGCCCGGGGGUCGAGGGGCCCUUGGCCGAUAUCGCCGAGGCUCCGGAGCGCGACAGCACCAGCGCCUACAACAGCGGCGAGAGCUCCCGCAGCUCCCCGCUGCUGCUCCGCGCCGCGCUCGGCCCCGCGCCCCCCGCGCCCCCCGCGCCCCCCGGCCCCUCCAAAGCGCCGCGGGGAAAACGGCCCGGCCGGGACCGGCUGCUCAAAGCCCGGGCCAUCAAAAUCCUGGAGGAGCGCGGCGGCUCCACCGAUGACGACGCGAGGAGCGAGCUCAAGACCGGGCGCUACUGGAGCCGCGAGCAGCGCAAGCAGCACCUGGCGAGGGCUCGGGAGCAGCGGCGGCGCCGGGAGCUGCUGCUGCAGGGCCGGGCCGAGCCCCCCGCGGGGCUGGGGGCGGCCCCGAGCGCUGCCGAGCCCCCUCCCCACGGGCAGGGGUCGCGGCGGGGGCUGCGCAAGAGGAGCCGGCGCAUCCUGGACAAUUGGGUGACGAUCCAGGAGAUGAUGCUGGCGCAGCACGGGGGGCGCGCCGAGCACCCGCUGCUGUCGGUGACAACCGUGUGACACCUGCGGGAGGGGGUGGGGACGGCGGGACCCCCGCCCCAAAAUCCCCGCUUGGUGACAACCGCGGGGAUAGCGGGACCCCCGCCCCAAAAUCCCUGCUCACCCUCGGUCACAUCGUGUGACAGCCGCGGGAACACCGCCCCAAAAUCCCCGCUUGGUGACAACCGUGUGACACCCGCGGGGGGGUGGGGACGGCGGGACCCCCGCCCCAAAAUCCCUGGUCACCCUCAGUGACCACUGUGUGACACCCGCGCGGGGUUGGGGACAGCGGGACCCCCGCCCCAAAAUCCUUGCUUGGCGACAAGCUUGUGACACCGAGGGGACAUCGCGGGGAUAGCGGGACCCCCGCCCCAAAAUCCCUGCUUGGUGACAACCGUGUGAUCAGCGCGGGGACAGCGGGACCCCCGCCCCAAAAUCCCUCCUUGCUCUCGGUGACAACCGUGUGACCAGCGCGGGAGGGGGCGUGGGGACAGCGCGACCCCCGCCCCAAAAAAUCUCACCUCAAAAAAUCCCUGCUUGGUGACAACCAUGUGAGAGCCGCGGGGACAUCACGAGGACAGCGGGACCCCUACCCCAAAAUUCCUGCUCACCCUCGGUCACACCGUGUGACACCCACGGGGACAUCGCGGGGACAGCGGGACCCCCGCCCCAAAAAUCCCUCCUUGCUCUCGGUGACCACCGUGUGACACCGAGGGGACAGCGGGACCCCCGCCCCAAAAUCCCUCCUCGCCAUCAAGGUCAAACCCCCGCCCCUCCCCACCUCUCGGGGGUGUCUCUGUCCCCUUUGUCCCCUCCCCCACCCCAAGCACAAGGUGAUGAGUGGGGGUCGCCCCCCCCUUGUCCCCUCCCCCCCCCCCCCCCAUUGUCGUGUCUGUGGCCGUGCUUAGUUUGGGGUUGUUUAGGGUUUUUUCAGGGUUUUUUUACAUUUUUUGUCACCUCCUCCCUUCACCCCAGGGUGCCAAACCAGUCCUGGAUGGAUCCCCCAAAAAUCCUGGGGUGUUCGCCCCUCCCCCACCCAGCGUGUCCUCCCCUCCCCCACCUCUGUCUGUGUCUGUCGGGGGGGGAGGGGCCGAAUUUGAGAAUGAAGGAAAAACAAGAAAACCUCGUUUUUACUCAUUUCA